AUGGCUCUAGAUAUGGAAACUUCGACUGAAGCUUCUUUGGCGUCCGCUUUAGGGGAAAGGCUGAUUGCCCUUGAAAAGCAGUUUUCAGAGCUUCAGGCGAAAUAUAACCUGCUAUCGGAGCCUAAAGAAAGCUCGAAUAAAAGCAAGAUUCAGGCUACUGAGACAAAGGACCUCAAUCCCCAAGUGAAUUCAAAUGAUGAGAAAGCAACCAAUGAGGGCAAGGCUAACCCCAAAUCUCGAGUCAAAUUACUCAAGAUGGUCAAUAACCCUGACACCGGUGAACGCGAGGAGGUCGAGAGCGAUACCCCUCAAUCCAACACAGAAACUGACUCCGACAUCGCCUUUGUUUUGAAGAAAACAGUCCCAAAGAAAUUUUCUGAUUCAAAUGACAUGUCUGAAAUAGACAUCAUCAAUCUCGACUUGUGGGAGCUCUUGCAACAGCACUUGGGUGGCUAUCCUUAUCACGUCUUUCGCGGGUCACCCGUUACCCUGUUUUCACCAUAUGAGGCUAUCGUAUUUGAAUGGGAUGUUCUCCGAGCUGCUUCCGUCGAAGAACCGAAGAAUGAAAAAGACAAGCAAGCCAGAGAUGACUUGAAACUUCUUCUUAAUCACAUAUCAAAUGGUUCAUCGGGUGAUAGUAAAUUGGACAAGUAUUUCAAAGAACGGAAGACGAUUCUCGAACACCAAAGGAUUCAAUUUUGUGAUCUGUGGACCAUUUUCCCACCAGGAAGCUUGAUUUAUGGCAAGCCUUUCCAAAACCAGCAUCAAGUUUUCAUCGUUCAAGACAACAUAGUAACAUGGCCAGAAGAGGAUGACAAUCAAUUGCGAUCCCAUCCCUGGAAGCUGAGCUGUUGGACAUACGAUUGGACUGGAGCUCAAUUUGAGCGAACACCAUUUAUGAUCGUAUUUGAACAAUAUGAUGGAUAUAAACCCCUUGCAGCUUUGCCUUACUAUCCAUUUGAGCACCACCCUGAAUACAACCAUGUGAAAGAAGAGUUGAUUGAGCGUGGCAGAGAGUUUCAAAAGCUGUGCUCUGCUGAAGGUUCUCCGCGCCUAUUUGACUACAAAGGUGAUACAAUCUUGGAAAGAAAAGGCUUCAGUAGGAUGGCCCAAGAAGCUGAGGAUGACAGCGAUACCAGAUCCUUCACUGCAUCGCGGCUACAUCGCAGAUUGUGGAGAUAUAACUCUAUAGAUGAAGCACUUUUUGCCCCGGUUGCAAGGCCGUCCAGCACAGAUGGCAGGGUCAUAGUUGAUUACCUAUCCUAUUUUGAAUAUGGAAGUUCGAAUGCACGCAAUGGGGGGCUUGAGCCAAGUCUAAUGGAUCCACCUUGCGCGUGCUCAGAUUGCCGAAACAAUGAAGAGUUGGCAACGAAAUAUAGAGAAUCUUUUGACUACAACCCGCAGAAGAAAAUAUUAGACGAAGAACAAUACCUGCUCUUCCCGCCCCGCGUGUUGGGAUAUAUUCUCAAGGAAAAGGAAUGGGCGCAGUUACAAGUUACUCUUAUCAAAGACAUUCCGAAGAAUAAUUUUAGCGACGCUUGGCACUCUCGCCUGCAACUUGCUGAUGAUGGGACCAAAAGUCUGCUUUAUGAUCUUGUGAAAAGCCACACCUCAUCGGUAUCACAGUCUGCGAGCCAAGGAGAACGUGGUCUCGAAGUUGAUGAUAUCAUCCCAGGAAAGGGGAAAGGUCUAGUCAUUCUUCUCUACGGCCCUCCUGGCGUGGGGAAAACAUCCACGGCUGAAACUAUUGCUGUCGCGACACAAAAGCCUCUCUUCUCGGUUAGUGUCGCCGACGUGGGCACCAAGGCCAAGCAUGUUGAAUCCAAUCUUUCUAAAAUAUUCAGUCUAGCCGCUACAUGGCAAGCUAUUCUGUUGAUUGAUGAGGCCGAUGUAUUUCUUGAAAGCCGUGGAAAGGGUGUCGCAUCAUCAUCAACUGAUAAGAACGCACUCGUUUCAGUAUUCCUUCGAGUUCUCGAGUACUACCAAGGUAUUGUGUUCCUCACGACGAACCAAAUUGCUCAGUUUGACGUGGCCAUCCCUUCACGCAUUCACCUUGCCAUUCAGUACAAUAGUCUCACACAGGAACAAAUGAAGGCUAUUUUCAAAGGCUUCCUUCAGCCUCUUGCCGACAAAAACCUGGUGGAUGACUUAGAUGACAUCCUUGACUGGCUUAAGGAAGAUGUGUACAAUUCCGGAUUUGACGGCCGUCAAAUCAGGAAUAUUGUCACAACUGCCCUUGGAUCGGCAAGAGCAGAGUUCGAGCGGGGGCAAGGCAGAGGAAAACUUUCCAAGAAGCAUCUUAAGCCUAUUGUUCAGAAUACGCGCCUUUUCAAGCUUGACUUCAAUGUGCAGUAUGACCGGUACAUCAGGUCCCAAGAGUCGAUGAUCAAAUGA